AUGCUCUACGAACUCGUUGGAAUCGCAUCGGUGACUCCGGCACACGCGGCCGCCAAGCAGGCCGUCACCCAGAUCGGCCGAAUGAUCAUCGGCAACAGAGGCGUGGUCCGCCUCAUUGAGUGCUGGCGAUUCAAGCCCCUGCCCCAGAUCAUGAAGGCCCAGCAGAAGAGCUACGUGGUCGGCGACUACUUCUACAUGAAGUUCGACUGUUCUCCCGGAGCCCAGGGCGAAAUCAUGCGAGCUGUCCAGGCUGACCCCCGUUUGAUUCGAACCUUUUGCGUCAAGCUGAAUGAGAAAUCCAGCAAAACCCUCAUCUAG